GUGUUUUUAUUCCAGCCUCAUGUUACGGUUCCCUGACAGCUGGAGCUUCCCACUCGUGCUUGUCUCUUCACACACGGAUCAGCCAGUGUGAAGUAAGACGCCGAGAUUGGAGAUCAGAGACGCAAAUAAUCACUUUCUGAGUCCUGUCUGGAUGUUCAGGGGUUUGCAAUGUACUGUGUGGACACUUGCUUUCAGAUAUUGUGGAUUUGGGAAGCAGUAUGCAGUGGAAUCUGGAGUUUGGACAUUGUGGCAUGGAUAGUGUUUGAAUACUGAAGUAUGCAUAAAUUAAAAGACACCCUGGAUGAUACGGGAUUUGCAUAUGGAGAGCGAUACUGUAGCAUCCUCACUUUGAUUUUGAUGGAAGCGAUGCUGUAAACCGCAGCGUGCGAUAGUGAAAGUGUACGCAGAAUACAGACGGGUCUCAUACUUCAGUGUGGAAAAGCAUGGAGACGUGACGUCGCAGACAUGCUGUGCGGUUUACGGAAAGAAGGCCGCAAGGAUGACGGCCAUUAUUCCAAAGGGAAUAAAGAUUGUGCAGCCAAUGACGGCAACGUGGUCUCCAAGAGGCGCAGCAUUCCAGAUGAAAUUCGAGGGCUGACCACAGUGGAGCUGAUAAAGCGAGAAGGUUCUAGUCUUGGCCUCACCAUCUCUGGAGGCUCGGACAAAGACGGCAAGCCUCGAGUGUCAAACCUGAGACCAGGAGGCCUGGCAGCCAGGAGUGACCAGCUGAACACAGGCGACUACAUCAAGUCUGUGAACGGCAUCAACCUGUCCAAGCUGCGCCACGACGAGAUCAUCAGCAUGCUGAAGAACAUUGGAGAGCGGGUGGUGCUGGAGGUCGAGUACGAGUUGCCUAUUCUCGCUCCUGGCAGUUCGAGCAGCGUCAUCUCCAAAACCAUUGAGGUGUGUUUGGAAAAGGAAGGCAACAGUUUUGGCUUCGUGCUCCGAGGUGGGUUUCAUGAGGACUGGCAGAAGGCUCGUCCUCUGGUUGUGACCUACGUCAGACCUGGGGGCCCUGCAGACAGAGAGGGGACUCUGCGUGUAGGGGAUCGGGUGUUGAGCGUAAACGGCGUGACUCUAAACCGCCGGAAACAUGCGGACGCCCUUACUCUACUCAUGCAGAGCAGCCAGGAAGCUUGUUUCCUCAUCGAGUACGACAUCACGGUCAUGGAGUCAGUGCAGCAGUCUUCAGGUCCUCUGCAGGUCGAGAUCAUGAAGAGCGCCGGCUCUGUCCUGGGACUGAGCCUUACCACUGCCCUCUACAGGAACAAGCAUGUCAUUACCAUCCAGAAAAUCAAACCUGCAAGCGUCGCAGAGAGGUGUGGUGCUCUUCAUGUAGGUGAUGUUCUCUUGGCUAUAGAUGGCAUGGGCACUGAGCAUUGCUCUUUAAUGGAAGCUCAGCAGCUGCUGACCAACUCCUCAGAGCUCACCAAACUUGAGAUCCUACCUUCUUCACGAGGCCUACACGAUACAGUGCGUGUUCAGAGGAGCAGCCAGCGUCAGUGGGAGUCUGGUGUGAACUACCCCAGUGCCCCUGCACCCACCCACAGCAAAACUCCAUCCACCUGGAGCAACACCACCCCUACACACUCCCACUGCACAUCAGUGGCAUCGGGGAGCUCGUCCCAGACGUCCGGCGUUCACAGCUCGAAGAGCGGUUGUGUUUACCCAAGCCCGUACCCGUGCAGCACUCUGCCCUCGUACCCCUCAAGCCCACGCAGCACCACCACCAGGAGGAAACCCAGGAGAGCCGAGCACAAGAGCUCAUUGUCCCUCUCCAGCACGGUGGGUGUUGGUGGUCAGGUGGUGCACAUCGAGAACAACGAGGUGGUGCUGAGAGGAGACCCGCUCGCUGGCUUUGGCUUGCAGCUCCAAGGAGGAGUGUUUGCCACAGAGCCGCUGUCUGCACCUGCCUGCAUCCGAUUCAUAGAGCCAGACUCACCUGCUGAAAGGUGUGGAGUGCUUCAGGUUGGAGACAGAAUCCUCUGUAUAAAUGGAAUCCCAACCGAUGACGGAACGCUUGAAGAGGCUAAUCAGCUUCUCCGAGACGCAGCUCUGUCCAAUCAGGUCAAGCUGGAAGUCGAGUUUGACGUUGCAGAAUCGGUCAUCCCGAGCAGUGGUACGUUUCAGGUGAAACUGCCAAAGAGACGAGGGGUGGAGGUGGGCAUUACGAUCAGUGUCAGCAAGAAACCAGGCCGCCCUCUGAUCAUCUCGGAGAUAAUGAAAGGAAGCAUCGCUCACAGAACAGGUACACUGGAGCCUGGAGACCGUUUGCUGGGAAUAGACAAUGUAAAAUUGGAGAACUGUGGAAUUGACGAGGCGAUGGCAGUCCUUCAGCAGGCCGAGGACAUGGUCAAGCUGCGCAUUCAGAAAGACGAGGACAACUUGGAUGAACUGGAGUCAUCCGGCUCUGUGAUUUUCACUGUGGAGCUGAAGAGACACGGUGGUCCUCUAGGAAUCACUAUUUCUGGCACUGAGGAACCCUUUAACCCCAUCCUCAUCUCCAGCCUGACCCGUAAUGGUCUUGCACACAGGACUGGGGCUCUUCACGUCGGUGACCGUGUGUUGGCCAUUAAUCACGUGAGUCUGAAGGGGAAGCCGUUGAGUGAAGCCAUCCAUCUGCUGCAGACUGCAGGAGAUGCGGUGACCCUCAAGAUCAAAAAAAGAACUGAGCCUGUGUUAGAGUCUGACUCAGGAAGCCCUCUGAGGGCGGGAUCUUGUCUGAGUGACAAUGAAGACGAUCGCUCUGAUUCGCUUAGACGCUGUAAACAUUCUGGGCUUCGCCACCAAGCCACGCCCCCCAGCUUGGACUCUGCUAUGGAAUCAUGGGAUGGCUCCGCUCUCGACACCGGGUAUGGGAGUCAAGGGGCCUACAUUCAUCGUACAUCAGACCUGACCAUUCACCUUAAUGAGUGGAGACGAACCAAUCAAAGGAGCCCACUGACCUCCAGAAGACCUACUCACCGUAGCACAGUGCGUGACGGGAAAUCAGGAGAGGAAGACUGGAAAUACCAUGGAUCCGUUAGCCCCAUGUGUUGCCGUGGCAACAUCGGCACUCGGGAGAGCUAUUGGUCGCAAGCCCUGCAGGACCUGGAGACGUGCGGCCAAUCGGAGAUUCUCAGAGAGCUGGAGGCCACCAUGAUGUCAGGCAGCACGCUGAGUCUGGGAGAUGAGAGCGAGGUCUGUAACGACGACGAGAUCAAACUCCCAGCGGUGGAGCUGAAGCAGUGCUGGAACUGCAGCACAGACACGGAGCUUGAUGACUCGAGCACCGUCGUUCCGUUAGAGCUACACAAGGUCUGUGUGAUAAAGGAUGAAGACAGCAGGGAUUUUGGCUUCAGUGUGUCUGAUGGCUUGGUAGAGAAAGGUGUGUUUGUAAACAUGAUCCGUCCAGACGGUCCAGCAGAUCGGGCGGGUUUGCAGCCGUACGACCGCGUUCUUCAGGUGAAUCACGUGAGGACGCGGGACUUCGACUGCUGCUUAGCUGUGCCUCUGAUCGCCGAAGCGGGAGAUCGGCUCCAGCUCGUUAUCAGCAGGAACCCCCUCGCCCAGGUACCUCAGUGGUCCCCAGAAGACAGUCAGGACUCCUCAGAAACCCUUCCUCCCGUCCCUGUCCACACCCCGACAAAAAAGGAACUCAGACCUGAGAUGGUGCCACUGAACGGCAGAUUAGUGUAGAAGAAAAGUCUCUCUUUUUCACAAACACACACACACACACACACACUUCUAUUUUUCCCUCUUUACACAAUUGAACCCAUUUUGACGCAUCACUCUCUUCACUCCAACACCCUCGUUUACGUUGUUUAUAUUCACAAAUUCUUCACUAUUCACUUUUUGUUUUGAGUCUAGUUUGGAUUUUUUGGUUCUAUUCCAGUACCCUCACUGUUUCAGAUUCUCUCACACACACAUUCCUGCACAAAUACACUAUUACAGUACAAACCUUAGUUGGUUGUUUCUUAGAAGGUUCUAAACACUGAUGCACAAACCUAAAGAGAGCAGAUGAUUUUUUUUUUUGUAUCGGUGGAUCACGUUUUCAAAAGAAUGCCACCUUUUACACACACUUUGUGUUUUAUUACAUUUUUUAAGCGUAAUUGAUUAGAAGUGGCGCUGAAGCGAAUUUCUGUGUAUUUUAUAUCCUGUUUUAGUCGAAGAACACAAAAAGACAUUGUGUGUGUGUGUGUGUGUGUGUGUGUAUGUGUGUGUGUGUGUGUGUGUGUGUGUGUGUGUGUGUGUAAUCUGCAAUGACCACUGUCCAGAGUGCCACAGCUGUCUUUCUUCUCAUGCCGGACCAAGGCUUUGAUCACGUCUGAUCAUUUUAUACCUGAAUAUAUACACACACACAAACACACACACAAUAGCUGAUAACAUGUUUUAUGUAAAUUUUAUGCAACAUUAUUUUUAAUGUUUUUUUUUUUUUUUAACAAUAAAGAAAGAUGAGCCGGUGUGCAUUA